AUGGGAAAGGAAAAGACUCACGUUAAUGUCGUCGUCAUCGGUCACGUCGAUUCCGGUAAAUCGACUACAACAGGACACCUGAUCUACAAGUGCGGUGGUAUUGACAAGCGUACCAUUGAGAAGUUCGAGAAGGAAGCUGCUGAACUCGGCAAGGGGUCCUUCAAAUACGCAUGGGUUUUGGACAAGCUAAAGGCUGAGCGUGAGCGUGGUAUUACCAUCGAUAUUGCUCUCUGGAAGUUCGAGACUCCCAAGUACAUGGUUACGGUCAUAGACGCUCCCGGACAUCGCGACUUCAUCAAGAACAUGAUCACCGGUACCUCCCAGGCUGAUUGUGCUAUUCUCAUCAUUGCUGGUGGUACUGGUGAGUUCGAAGCCGGUAUCUCAAAGGACGGUCAGACCCGAGAGCAUGCCCUUCUCGCCUUCACCCUUGGUGUCAGGCAACUCAUUGUUGCCGUCAACAAGAUGGAUACUACCAAGUGGAGUGAGGACCGAUUCAACGAAAUCGUCAAGGAGACUUCCACCUUCAUCAAGAAGGUUGGCUACAACCCCAAGGCCGUUGCUUUCGUCCCGAUCUCUGGAUGGCACGGUGACAACAUGUUGGAGGAGUCCGUCAAUAUGCCAUGGUACAAGGGCUGGACGAAGGAGACCAAGGCUGGUGUUGUUAAGGGUAAGACCCUUCUCGAUGCCAUCGAUGCCAUCGAACCCCCUGUCCGUCCUUCCGACAAGCCUCUUCGUCUGCCCCUUCAGGAUGUCUACAAAAUCGGUGGUAUUGGUACCGUUCCCGUCGGCCGUGUUGAGACUGGAAUCAUCAAGGCCGGAAUGGUCGUCACCUUUGCUCCUUCUAAUGUCACUACUGAAGUGAAGUCGGUCGAAAUGCACCACGAGCAGCUCGAGCAGGGCUCUCCUGGUGACAACGUCGGUUUCAACGUCAAGAACGUUUCGGUCAAGGAUAUUCGUCGUGGAAACGUUGCUUCUGACUCUAAGAACGACCCGGCUAAGGAAGCGGCCUCUUUCAACGCUCAGGUCAUCAUUCUCAACCACCCUGGUCAAAUUGGUGCCGGUUACGCUCCCGUUCUUGACUGUCACACUGCCCACAUCGCCUGCAAGUUCUCUGAACUCCUUGAGAAGAUUGAUCGCCGAACGGGUAAAUCGCUGGAAGCCAACCCCAAGUUCGUCAAAUCUGGUGAUGCUUGCAUUGCUAAGCUUGUUCCAAGCAAGCCCAUGUGUGUCGAGUCUUACAACGAGUACCCUCCUCUCGGUCGUUUCGCUGUGCGUGACAUGAGGCAGACCGUCGCUGUCGGCAUCAUCAAGUCCGUUGACAAGACCGAAAAGGGUGGCAAGGUGACCAAGUCUGCCGAGAAGGCCGCCAAGAAGAAGUAA